UUCAAAACAAAACAAAGCCCUGUUUAUGUUUAAAAACACUCCACUACACGGCAGUGCAAACUGACUCUGUCUCUGACUCCAUUACUCUACAAUGGCGACGAGCGUAGAUUGGGAUGGUUCAUCCCUUAGGGCGCUGAGCAAGUGCAUACGCUCCCUCCAAAUUGAACUCGAAGACCCAAUUUUCCAAGCCAACCCCACCGUCUCAAACCUAAUCGACCAACUCCACGACCUUCUUCAACCUCUCUCUUCCGCCCUAAUUCACCAACAUCCUUUUCGUGAUCCUGCUUCUUCUCUGCCUCGCCAUCACGAAAAGAAGAUUGAUGGAGCUAUUCCUACCUUAAGGCAGAUUGAAAUAGAAGCUAUAGCUGCUGCCACCCCUAUAACGUACCUUCCAAGGGACCUUUUGCUCCUAAUUCAUGAACACCUACUGGCAUCUGGAUUGUUACAAACUGCUUCAAUGUUGCUUAAAGAGGCUCAGUUGAAACCUUUGCCAACAUUGGUUGCCCCAUCUUCUCUUGUGCAACAACCCUACUCACAGGAAGCUCCUCCAAUACAACUUCAGUGGCCUUCUGCUCCAGUUCCAGGAUUUCUGUCUAAGAAAUUAAAUCUUAAUGCAGAGGAUAAGGAUGUUGAAUCUCAGUAUGAGACUCCAAUAAUCUUGCCAAUGAAACAUAAGUUAUCUGAUUUAAAGGAUAUAGGAGUGUCGUCAUCAUCUGGAAAGCGAUUGAAUGUUGGGGAUCUAGGAUUUCAUUCUCCUAUUUGUCCAACUCCAAGUGUGAUACGUAAAAGUAGCCUGCAGACUGAUGCCACUGUGCUUUAUACACCAAGUUCCAAUCUGAGAAAUCAACAAGGGCCCUGUACAGCUGAUUAUGUGGAUGAGAGUCAAAGAAGUAUGCCAAAUCUAGGUCAGAUUACACCAUCCUCUCUGGUAAUUAAUGAUCAUCUGCCCAAUUACCCAGAACGUAUAACAUUAGAUUCUCUAGUGGUUCAGUAUCUGCAGCAUCAGCAUUGCCAGUGCCCAACUCCUAUUAUCACUCUUCCAUCACUUUCUCUUUUGCACCCUCAUGUUUGUGCUGAACCCAAGCAAAGUCUUGAUGCCCCUUCUAAUGUGACAUCUCGUCUUGGUACACGUGAAUUUAAAUUUAUGUAUCAUGUACAUGGAAAUCGCAGGGAUCGUAAAUUUGUUUAUAGCCAAUUCAGACCAUCGGGCACUGCUGCUGAUGUUUACUCGUUAACAGGCAUUACGUUUCUUGGGGACUCUCCUUUUAUUGCUGUUGGAAACAACAGUGGAGACAUCCAAUUUUGGGAUACUACUUCAUUGAAGCACCAUGACGACACCUAUCAUUAUGAAGAAUGUCACAGAGAUCCCUUGACACUUAUUCAGUCUUUUAUUUCUGCUGACUGCCAGCUGUUGCUUUCUUCAAGUUCCGAAGAUGUAAAGUUGUGGAAUGUUUCAUCAUUUUUAAAUGACAAUGUUUGGGACGAAUACGAAAAUGUAAUCCAUUUUUUUCAUGGAUGCAAGGCUGCCAGGUUUAGCCACUCAGGGAAUGUUUUUGCAGCCUUGUCAUCGGAAUCUGCACCACAGGAAAUCAAGUUAUAUGAUAUCGAAACAUGUGAGCUAGAGUCUAUGUUGUUAUAUACUUCUACAAAUUUUGCCAGUAGGGGUCAUCUUUAUUCUCCAAUCCAUUUUAGCCAUUCUGACUCAAUGCUGCUUUGGAAUGGUGUCUUGUGGGACCGUAGGGUUUCUGGGCCUGUUCAUCAUUUUGAUCAGUUGACAGACUUUGGGGGUGGAGGCUUUCAUCCUGCUGGCAAUGAGGUUAUUAUAAACUCUGAAGUGUGGGAUCUGCGCAAGUUCAGACUUCUUCGUAGUGUACCUUCAUUAGAUCAAACAACAAUAACAUUUAAUGCUCAUGGAGAUGUAAUAUAUGCUAUUCUAAGGAGAAAUAUUGAGGAUGUAAUGUCAGCAUUUCACACACGCCGGGUCAAGCAUCCGCUUUUUGCAGCUUUCCGCACUGUGGAUGCAGUGAAUUAUUCUGAUAUUGCUACUACCCCAGUGGAACAUUGUGUGCUUGAUUUUACUACUGAGCCAACAGAUUCAUUUGUAGGGUUGGUUACUAUAGCAAAACAUGAUUGGUAUAUUGAAUAUGAAGAUUCAGAUUCAGAUGAAAGUCUUCUUCCAGAGACGUGGGGCUGUGUCAAAAUCUAUGAAAUUGGUCAUCGAAGUCCAACCAAUGACGAUUGAUGACACAAGUAAAGAAAGGAUGAACAAAUUGUAAGUGAGCUUGAUCAUGGUAGAUUGCUUGAUGACGAAGAUGGAGAGUUCAUCAUGGAUGAUGUAUAGAGCUGGAAGGAAGAACUGGUAUAGUGGGCAUUGUAAAUGAAGUCAACAAGGAUGAAGAUGAAGACAAAUAUUUGAAUCUUUUUGUAGUGGUGAAGAAGAUUUUGGUUUGGAGUAUUAACUAUUGAUCAAAUGGUUUGAGAGGCUUUAAUUAUUGUUAUUUUUUCUUGUUUAUAUCCAUUUUAUGACGAGAAAUUUUUGGUUCAAAAUUUUGCUGUGUUAACUUCCAUGAACAGAUUCUCCAUGCUUGGCUACAUACUUCACCCAAAGAAAAAAGAUUCUCCACCAUAAAACUUAUCUCUCAUAAUGCAAUAAUGCCAGUUUCUCUCUCCAUCUUUGUCUCGUAUCCAUCCCCUCCUCUCUUUCUCUAUUUACUGUUUUCUGGAAGCAGCUAAGCUAAUCAGCUAAAGUGCUUAACAUAGCAAAAUCUUUUCUGGUAUCCAGAGAUCUGUUCUUAGCUUUUCUGCUUUGCUUUUAAAUGCCUCAACUUUGUUACUUUCUGAGAAUUUCCAUCCGGGGCCUUUACUUGGCACUUUCCAUAAAUUUGGUCUUGCUUUUGCGUCACUGAUUCACCCUGUUGUGUUCUAAACUUUUCCACUUUGAUUUCAAGGCUGGUUGCAGAAUAAAUCAACAUGCUUAUUGAAACCCAGGAAUAAAAAAACCAGCUUUGAGGUUCAAAUUUGAUAUACUUUAUAAAAGAGGAUGGAUUUGAUUUUCUAUUGGUCUUUGAUUCUGGUUAUCUUGGUUCAUUGUUUGUGGAGUUGAUGGGGUGGAAAGUUUAGGGGGUGCCUUGUUCUUGUGAUCUUUGCUGGACUGUUGGUGGGUUUGGAGAGUGGAAUUGGUGUUUCAUCGGGGCACACAAGCAACAUACCAUUUGCUACCAUCCACUGUGGUUAAAAUGCUAUAGGACAAUGGUUUUAAAAAGUUAAGCUUUUUGAUGCUCACCCUGAUUUUAAAUGCUCUAAAGAAGUCUGGGAUUCAGGUGAUGGUGGGUGUACCAAAUGUCAUGCUCUACACAAUGGCUAACAGUACGUAAGCAGCUGAAAAAUGGGUUUCCAAGAAUGUUUCAGCUCAUCUCAUCUGGGGGAGUGGACAUCAGGUAUGUUGCAGUGGGAAUGAACCUUGUCAACUUAAAAUGGUACCUUGGAAGCUAUGACACUUCCAGAUCUUCAAACCAUCCAAUCAGCCCUUGUUAAAACUGGUUUAGGCAAUCAGGUUAAAGUCACAGUCUCUCUAAAUGCCAACGUGUAGCAGAGUGCUCAAGUACCUUCUGAUGGUGACUUCAGGCAAGACAUCCAUGAUCUCAUGGUGCAGACUGUCAAGUUCUUGAGCCAGAACAAUCUAUAUCCUUUCAUCAGCCUCUACUGAGACCCCAAGUUUCCUGUUGAUUAUGCCUUUUUCAAUGGCUUUCAGUCUCCCAUAAUUGAAGAAGGAAGGAUCUAUGACAAUGCCUUUGAUGCCAACCAUGAUACUCUAGUUUGGGCACUGCAGAGAAUGGUUUUGGAAACAUGCCCACAAUUGUAGGUGAAGCUGGGUGGCCUGCGGAUAGAGACAGAAAUGCAAACCUUCAAUACGCACAACGGUCUAACCAAAGCUUUAUGUCGCGUUACAUUGCUGGAAAGGGGACACCAAUGAGGCCUGGUCCUAUGGAUGUUUACUUGUUUAGUCUCUACCAAAUAGAGUAUAAAGGAUUAGAAAUAACUCACUAGACCAAAUAAAUUAAUUAUUUAAUAUACAAUAAAUAUGAUAUAUAUACUGCAUUAA